UACAAUUACAAACCGUUCAAAAGAUAUAAUAUACCCACUAUGAGCGACCUUAGCGAACACGAUGAGUCUUCAAGCUCAAAAUCAAGUUCAGAAUCAAUCAGCAGUGAUUCUGGUGAAGAUAAUAUCACUGUAAGAGGAGUGCAACCUUAUCAAGACGAACCUCUUGCUAACUCGAGCGACGAAGAGGAAGAUGAGCUUGACGAAGAUGGUCUGUCUUCAACUGUUCUUUGUUCAAGAUUCGAACGUCAAGUUUCCUUUGAUCAAUGGUGUAAGUGUGGGCAAUGCUGUACCGAGCAACUGCAGAAUCCAAGAGAGUGUAGGUGUUGUCAUGAGGUUGCAGAAGCUGUACACAAGUUAAUAUUUGAUGGAUCGAUUGAGAAAUUUAAAUGUGUCACGCAACACGAAGAUUUUACAGCCAUGACAAAUCGAACAGUACUUGAAAAUGUUGGGCCUAUGUUAAAGGACAGAAAUGGCAGAAGUUACCGUCGCCAUGCUGGACAGUCUGAGAACGAUUUAUUACGAGCUAUCGCAUACAGAUGGUUAAUCCGUUGGAUUUGUGGCAGUAUGGGUUGGGAUAACACAAGACCAUUGCCAGCUUGUGUUUAUAAAAACAUCAGAAAUCGUUUUCCCAUCAACCAUCAUCAAGGAAGAGGUUACCAGUCAGCAGAAGCAAGGAGUUGAAAUGAUGGACCAAUUGAUAGAUUGUU